AUGAAGUGCGGAGAACCAGGCGAGUCAUUCAUCAAAUUCCAUCAGUUAUUCUCUGCGCGAGUUCGUGUAAUUUUUUCCCCUACUCGGCGCGAUUUGUUUUCAAGUGAAAAAUGGUAUUCGUGUGCCGGAUUUCACGCAAACGGUGGCGGCGAACGAGAUGAUUAUUUGUUUUUAAAUUCGUGAAAACGUUUUUCAACCGGUUAGCAGCGAUGUUUGACAUUCUAGCUAUCUCUUCUUAGUUGUUUAUAGUUGUAAUUUUUUUAUAUUGGCGGUGUUUGGUUGGUUGAAAAUGGCUGAAUAUUAUCAGGGUGAAUAUAAUUGGAACCCAGUUAUUUAUGAAUUAGGAUUUAAAUAUGGCCUUGUAGCAGCAAACAUGGAUGGUACUGGGCCUGAUCCAUCUGCUAUGAAUGCACUUAUUCCUGCCAGAAUAGAUGAAUUAAAAGAAGCCAUAAGAAGAGAAAUUCGACGUGAACUUAAAAUUAUUGAAGGUGCAAAAAAAAUUCGAGAAGUAUCUACUGAUCGCAAAUCAUUAUCAGAUGUUGAAGGAAUUGUCAAAGAGUCAACAUUGAAACUAACAGAAUUGCAAGCAGAACUUCAGGAAUUGCAAUCAUUUGUUAUUCUUAGCCAAGGAGCCGAACAGCAGUCAAGUUCUUGUUCUACCAACAAUUCAUUUAUUAAUUCAGGUCAUAAUAGAAAAUCAGGAUCAUACACGUCAUCUAAUAGAUUUACAUCAAGUAUGCCUGUUCAAACUGUUGGUCAAUUUCAAAAUCAAAGCCAGGAAUCAAAUUUUGUUAGCGAUCUUCGACUAGUUCAACUUGAAAAACAAUUAAAUAUUGAGUUAAAGGUUAAACAAGGUGCUGAAAAUAUGAUUCAAAGUUUAAGUAGUAGUCAUUCGCGUGACAAGAAGUUAUUAAGUGAUGCCCAACAAAUGUUAUCUGAUUCUAAACUUAAAAUUGAGUUUUUAAGGAUGGCAAUACUUAAAGGAAAACAAAUUAAACAUCAAAAAGAAGAAAUGAAGUCUAAUGGUGAAAAUAAAAAUGUAGAUAAAUCUGAAACACGAUUAGAAACACCACUUGCAGAACGUGUUGCUGAAUUAAGACACCGUUUACGUAUUGAAGCUGCUGUUGUAGAAGGAGCAAAAAAUGUUAUUAGAACUUUACAAAGUACAAAAAUUGCAGAUAAAAAAGCUCUUCAAGAGGCUCAAUCAAACCUAUCUGAAUCAAGCCAUAAAUUAGAUUUGCUGAGACGAUCUUUAGAGUUAAGACGUCAAGAAUUACCACCAAACUCAACCACAGCCAAUCAACUAAUUAGAGAACUACAAAAUGCUCAAGCAGCUAGCCCUACUCCAAAUCAUGCUUAUGUAAGCUUGCAACCAUUUAUUAAAGCUGAACGAAAUGUUAUUCCAGAAAAAGCUACUGUUUCAAGGUGUGCCGCAGUUACUGGUAAACUUGAAGUUAGGUUAAUGGGCUGUCAAGAUUUAUUGGAAGAAGUUCCUGGUAGGUCAAAACGUGAAAAAGAAAAUCCUGGAGAUUUAAGGUCAUUUGUGAAAGGUGUUACUGGUCGUAGUUCUAGUAAAUCAUAUAAUAUUAAGGAUGAAAUUAGUAAUGAAAUCAUGGCUGUUAUAAAGUUGGAUAACCAAACUGUUGGUCAGACUAGUUGGCGACCAUGUUCUCAACAAGCUUGGGAUCAAAGAUUUUUUAUUGAUUUGGAUAAAUCGCGUGAGUUAGAAAUAGGUGUUUAUUGGAAAGAUUGGCGUUCAUUGUGUGGCAUUAAAUUUUUACGACUUGAAGAGUUUAUAAAUGAUAUCCGACAUGGUAUGGCUUUACAGUUAGAACCACAAGGACUUUUGUUUGCUGAGAUUAAAUUUUUGAAUCCAAUGAUUACACCUCAGCCACGUUUACAAAGACAACGUAAAAUUUUUAAACAACAAGCCAAAAAUUUUCCCAGAGCUAAUGGAAUGAAUAUUGCUGCAUGGGGUAGACUUCUAAAAAGAUCAUCUCAUUCUAUUCAAAAUUCUUCAUCUGUACCUGUUUAUCCUAUGUCUAAUGCAAAUGUACAACAACAUACUAGAUCACAUUCACAAUCUGAUAGCUCAACAGAUGGUAGUGAUAAUAGAUCUGAAGAAAAAUGUACACCAGGUGAAAUUCCUGAACCUAGUGCUACUACUGGAUUAGCUGGUGCUCGACCAUUAGGCCUUGGUGUAGCUGUAUUACCACCUUUACCAUCUACUAUCACUGACCACCGUAAUAUUUCUUCUGGAUCCCCUACAUUCCUACCUUCAGCUGUUAUUGCUGCUAACAAAAGAAUUCCUACAGCGCCAACUGUACCUCCUCCACGACCACCUAGACAGCUGGAUCAAGAGCUGCAGAAUGUAUUGAAGGAGUUUGACUUUUUACAUGAUGAUGAACCUAAGAACUUACCAUCCGAACGUAGGAGACAUGUGAUGGCCAUGUCUGUAAGCAUAGAAAGUGUUGGCAGCUCAACAAUGGGAACACCUCAACCAUCUCCUCUUGUAGAGUUUCCCCAGGACGAGUCUCCGUUAGUAUUUAGCCAUUCAGUAUCUCGUGUCUUGGAUUACCAUGAAAGUGAAUCAAAACCAUACCACAAUAAAAACUAUUUAUAUUCUAAAGAAGCCGUUAAGGGAUAUCAUCAUAUCAAUUCAUUGAAUUGUUCGCAAAUGUCCAUGGACGAUUUUAGACUUUUGAGUGUCCUUGGCCGUGGUCAUUUUGGCAAAGUUAUUCUCUGCCAACAUAAAAAUUCCAAUCAGUAUUUUGCUAUAAAAGCUUUGAAAAAAGGUGAUAUAAUAGCUCGUGACGAGGUAGAAUCUCUUCUUUCAGAAAAGCGCAUAUUUGAAGUAGCAAACAAUAUUCGUCAUCCUUUCCUUGUAAAUUUAUUCGCAUGUUUCCAAACUGAUGCUCAUGUAUGUUUUGUAAUGGAGUAUGCGGCUGGUGGUGAUUUGAUGAUGCACAUACAUGCUGAUGUUUUUACUGAGCCUAGAGCAGUUUUUUAUGCAGCUUGUGUUGUUUUAGGACUUCAAUAUUUACAUGAAAAUAGUAUUAUUUAUCGUGACUUAAAAUUGGAUAACUUAUUACUAGACACUGAUGGAUAUGUUAAAAUAGCUGAUUUUGGCUUAUGUAAAGAAGGUAUGGGAUAUGGUGAUCGAACUGGGACCUUUUGUGGAACACCAGAAUUUUUAGCACCAGAAGUGCUAACAGAAACAUCAUAUACACGCAGUGUUGAUUGGUGGGGUUUGGGUGUUCUCAUUUUUGAAAUGCUUGUUGGAGAAUCACCAUUUCCGGGUGAUGACGAGGAAGAAGUUUUUGACUCUAUAGUAAAUGAUGAAGUUCGCUAUCCGAAAUUUUUAUCAUUAGAAGCUAUUGCAAUUAUGAAACAACUUUUACGAAAAAAUCCUGAGAGACGUUUAGGUUCAAGUGAAAGGGAUGCUGAAGAUGUCAAAAACCAAAAAUUGUUUAGAACAGUAGUUUGGGAUGAUUUGCUUCAAAGGAAAGUGAAACCACCAUUUGUUCCCACAAUUAAUUCAGUUGAGGAUGUCAGUAAUUUUGAUGAAGAGUUCACUUCUGAAAGGCCACAAUUAACUCCUCCUAAAGAUCCAAGAAUAUUAUCUGAAGAUGAACAACAGAUGUUUAAAGACUUUACAUAUACAGCCGACUGGUUUUAACAGGGUUUAUUAAAUAUAUUUUGUUUUACUAUUCAGUUUGUAAAUUAUUACUAAUUCAUUUAUGAUUGUAUUAUAAUCGAUCAAAUAAAAAUAUCUAAGUUUUUUUUAAAUGUUGAAUUCAAUAUAUGUUUCAAAGGAAUUAUUUCCCAUUUGUGAUUUAUUUUAAGUUAUCCAAACUUAUUGCAGCUGCUCAGAAUACGAUUCUUUAACAACAAGUUACCAAUCAUGAUUAUUUUCAUAAAAAAACUAAAGUUAUUUAAGUUAAAAAUAAUAUCCUAAUAAUAUUGGUUUGUUAAAUGUUGAGAUUUUCAUAUGAUAAACAAUUUUAUUUUAUUAACCAACAUUUAUUUAGACUAUGUAAUUUGUAAUUAUUUUGUAAAAAUUAAAAGUCUGUUAAAAAUAAUUGGUGAUAUCACAUAAAUUACUAAUUAUUUAUUAGUAUAUUAUUUAUAAAAAUAUUUACAUUUAAUACAAUUAUAAAAUAUUGAAGAAUUAUAAUAUAAGUUAAAUUAUAUAUGUAUGUGCAGCUUGUUUAUUAUUAUUAGGUGUAUAAAAGUUUAUAUAUAAAUAUAGAAUUAUUGUAAUUUAUUUAACUUAUUAUUUUACUUUGUUAAUAUUAUUGUUUUUAUUUAGCUCAAUUUAUUAUUGACAAUAAUGUGCUCAUUUAGUGCCUACUGAUAAAUUUGUGUUAUUUAAAUACUGUUAUGAAUCACAAUUAAUUGUAUGGUGUAUUUCAUGUAUUGUUUUUAUUCAGUAGUAUAAAUAAUAUAUUUAUUAUAAUAUUUUAGAUUAUAGUAUGAUGGAAUUAUUUUGUAUGUAUAUAUAAUAUAUAUAUUUUGAUAAUAAUAAUGCUUAA